AAAAAAAGAAAAAAAAAAGGACAACAAAAUUUCCAUUUCCCCCACAGCCGAUCAAAGUCUCCGAUUGUCGCUGCCGUGCCGGCGAUUUUACUCCGAGUUUUUUCCUGAUAAUUUGAGAGAUGUACGAUAAUCUUGGAGCACAGGCUGGGUUUCCUAGGCCACCACCCAAUGCCCAGGCAAAUCCUUUCGACAGUUCAUUCUACGGUGCAAGUUCUGGAUUCAUUAGAAGUGGGCUCGGUGCUUAUGGAGAGAGAAUCUUAGGAUCCAGCUCUGAGUAUGUUCAAAGCAAUAUCAGCCGUUAUUUUUCUGAUCCUCAAUACUAUUUCCAAGUUAAUGACCAUUAUGUGAAGAAUAAGUUGAAGGUUGUUCUCUUCCCAUUCCUCCACAGGGGCCAUUGGACAAGAAUCUCAGAACCAGUUGGUGGAAGGCUCUCCUACAAACCUCCUAUUUACGAUAUUAAUGCACCGGACCUUUACAUACCAUUCAUGGCUUUCGGUACUUAUGUGGUUCUGGCGGGCUUGUCAUUGGGUCUUCAUGGAAAGUUUAGCCCAGAGGCCCUAAACUGGUUAUUCAUCAAGGGGGUCGUCGGCUGGUCCUUCCAAGUCACUCUCCUGAAAAUGACCUUAUUCUCCCUGGGCAGUGGUGAAGCUCCACUCCUUGACAUGGUGGCUUACGCAGGUUACACGUUCACGGGCCUAUCCAUGGCCAUGCUCGGAAAACUUGUCUGGAGCUACUCUUACUACUUCAUGCUGCCUUGGUCUUGCCUGUGCAUGGGGAUUUUCUUGGUGAAGACUAUGAAACGGGUCCUCUUUGCCGAGGUCAGGAGUUACGACUCGAGCAGGCAUCAUUAUCUGCUGCUGUUCAUUGCCCUGGCACAGUUCCCGCUACUAAUUUGGCUCGGGAAUAUCAGUCUCAAUUGGCUUUUUUGAGUCGGGCUGUUUNAAUUGCCUUUU